AUGCUGCGGUGGGUGGCAGCUUGUCCCGCGUCAUGUGCGGUGUGCGCCAAAGAUGUGACCCUCUGUCACCAGCUAACCUACAUAGUAGCAGCCCCUGUGACCACGAGGGUUUUAAUCGUCACUGAUGGAUACCUCUCCUCUAUAGAGAGCACAAAUCUGUCUCUCCUAUUUAAUCUCGCCCUGCUCUCCUUGAGCAGAAAUGGCAUCGAGGAUGUUCAGGAAGAUGCCCUACAUGGCCUCUCCAAGUUGCGGACGUUGUUGCUGGAGCACAACCACAUAUCCAGCUCCUCGCUCACCGAUCACACCUUCAGCGAGCUUCGCAGCCUUCGGGUGCUGGUGCUCAGCAAUAACGCCCUCCACACCCUGCGGGGGUCCUGGUUCCGAAACACCAGGGGCCUGACCCGGCUCCAGCUGGAUGGCAAUCAGAUCACGAAUCUGACAGACGCUUCUUUCGCAGGCACACAUCUCCACAGCCUCAGGCAUCUGGAUUUAUCUAACAAUUUUAUUUCCUACAUUGGGAAAGAUGCCUUCCGGCCGUUGCCUCAAUUGCAGGAAGUGGACCUUUCGCGAAAUAGGUUGGCCCACAUGCCGGAUGUUUUUACUCCACUGACGCAGUUAAUCCUUCUGAGCUUGGAUAAGAACCAGUGGAGCUGCACUUGUGAUCUCCGCCCCCUUGCCCGGUUUUUAAGAAGCUACAUUAAGUCCUCUGCUCACAAGCUCAGGAAUGCCAAGGACCUAAACUGUCAGCCGGCCACCACAGCUGUGGCCACUGCAAAGAGUGUGCUAAGGCUGUCUGAGACCAACUGUGACACCAAGGCUCCCAACCUCACUCUGGUUCUAAAGGACAGAAGCGCCCUCCUCCCAGGGCAGGAUGUGGCCCUGCUGACUGUCUUUGGCCUUGCAGGAGCUGUUGGUCUCACUUGCCUAGGUUUAGUUGUAUUUAACUGGAAACUCCAACAAGGCAAAGCAAAUGAACACACAUCAGAAAACUUUUGUUGCAGAACCUUCGAUGAAUCCCUGUGUGCUCAUGAGGCAAGAAAUUACCACGCUAAGGGAUACUGUCACUGCCACUUAACUCAGGAAAACGAGAUAAAGGUUACGUCCAUUGUGGGAUCCAGAAAGGAAAUGCCACUUUUACAGGAAAGCAGCCAUCAAGCAGCACUGGCCUCUGAGUCCACAGCCCUUGACAGAUCGUUUAGAAACCUGAAAGGGAAGGACCAUGGGGCAGACAGCACAUUCUUCUGCCUCGGUGGCAGACUGCUACAGUCAGGAUGUUCAGAGCCUCCUGGGAAUAUGGCAGCUCUUAAUGAAGCAGGCUUAUUUACACGAUAUUGUCCAAGAAGAGUUGAAAAGCUAAGGAAUCUUGAGCAUGGGGAAGGCCAACCUCAAACUCUGCCACAGCAUGUAACAAGAACAAUAGAUAUCAGCAGUGACACAUUUAGUAGAAGAUAUGCAACAUCCGCUUCAGCCUUGGCAAGAGAAAGUCUUGAAAAGCAUUUAACAAAUGAAUCAUGGCAGCCUCCAAUAGAAAAAGAAGACAAUGGCUUACAACCUCACAGGCAGAGACAUUUUAUUACAAGCUCAUCAUCCAAGCCUUGUGAGCCUGAGGAACACUAUGUACAAAAGAUCUUACAAAAACAUAGAUCAAAAUAUGAUGAUCCAUGUGGACUGUUAAAACGGAGCAAGCCUAGGUAUUUUCAGCCGAACAAUUCUCUUAUCUGUAAAUAUGUGCCCUGUGAUCAAUUUCAAGAUUACAUGAAAAAAAAGAAGCCAAAUCGUCGAGAACAUUCAAAGCCCAAGAAGGAGCAAAUCCAAAUUAACAGUGCAAUAGAAAGAUUUCUUAUGAGUGAGAACAACAUGGAAUUAUCGGGGUUAUCAACAAAAAUCAAGAAAACAUAUUCCCCUAAGAGUGUCAGCUUCCAUGAUCCUGAUUUAGUAGGAAAAAAUAGGUUAGUGAUGUCACCCAAAACAUCAACCCAUUGGAAACAGCAGAAAAGUCAAAGUAACCACCUGACCACCUUGGAUGUCAAAAAUUGUAGCAAUCCUCAGGAGAAAAACAAAGGAGGAAAAUGGCUUACAGAUCCACAGAUUCUGAAAAAGAAGAAUACCAAUCAAUCUGACCUCAAAGGGAACAUUAAAGGACAAAAUUUAAGGAUAAAAUUAAAUUUACACCCUUUUAGAAAAGUCAGAGUCCAUCCAGAAAAAUCUUUGCCAGAACUCCCAAAGAAAUGCAAACAAGCAUUGUUACCUCCUAAUAAACUAUCCAAAGCUUCUGAGAAAGAAGCGAAAACAAAUCUUGUGUCCUCUGCCAAUUUCUCCCAACAGCCAGAGAGUAACAACUAUUUUAGACUCACUUCAAAGAGGCUGCCUCUCAAACAUGUCCCAAAGCAGACCCCGUAUUACAAAAAAACCACUAAAAAGGCUCCUGUGCUCAGUGAUAACAACUCAUCUGUAGUGAACCAGAGCUCUGUGGAAGGCAACAGUCAGCCUGAUGAUCACAUUCCUUGUAGAAACCCAUCAACAUUGCUUCAGCCCCCACCCACUGUAGCUGAACACUGGUGCUCACACUCUCAAUCCUCAAGUGAGCAAGCGGAAGGUGCAACUCAUCUUGCAUUGGAAGUUCCUGGUUAUUUACCAACUAUUUGGGAAAAUACAGGAAGUGAUAUUUUACCAUCCGGCUAUUCCAGGGAGGCAACUGAUCAAAGGGCACCAGAGCCCACUGAGCCCACGGAGCAGGACAAAUUGAGGAUCAGUGAGCUGAACAAGUUUGCUUUGUCUCUGGGGAAUCAAACACAACUUGUAGGUGUCCACAAGACUGAUGCCUAUAAGGAACAUACUUUAGAUCAAAACCAAGCUUUACAACACAUAGAGCGACACUCAAGUCAUGAACAGCUUGGAAAUGAAGAAAAAAUAUUAAUGACAAAACCCAAAAUGUCACAUCAAAUUGUGGAAAGUUGUAUUAUGGAUGAGGGAAAUAAUGAAGAAGGAAAACUUCCUAAAACAGAAACUUAAUAUUUCUCUCCCAUUCCCCAGACACAAUCCAAGGGCAAGCUAACAUUUAUGAAGACAAAUUCUACUCCAUGCAAAGAUACACUAGAGCUUUCUAAGGAUACCAGUGUUUCUCUCAGAACUCAAGCCAUGUGGCAUCUCACCAACAGUGGCGAAAAAGGAAUUGUCAGCGCAAAUGCAUUGCCCAGAGAUGACAGCACUGAAACACUAGAGAUAAAAAUAGUAGGAAAAGAAGAGAAAAAAAUGCUCCAUGAAAGCAAGGCAAAUUCCAGUAUGUUAAUUAGGACCACACAGAUGACCCUAAGAGGCACUACAAAAGAAAAACAGCAAACCGGGGAAAAUGGAGAAAGUGUAAAACAUAUAUUAUAUGAUUCAAGCUCUGCUGAGGCGACUAUGACAGCUAAGGAUUUGAGCAUCACGAAUGCCCAUGAAACCAAAAAUAGACUACCUCGUAGUGAGACAGAUCUUAAAGUUAACAGUAACACGCAUACUUUGAGAGAAGCUCAAAAUAUUCAGCCAGAUAAAGAUAACAGUGCACAUAAAGAAGAAGGAAGGACAGCAGAGACGCAGGAAGCACUUUCUCUCUUACCCGAGUUAAAAGACGUUAGUUUUGAGGCAGAAAAUGAGGUGCCUCUAAUUCCUCGAAGAACAAAUGAAGCUGAAAACUCUGCUCUAAAACCUACACUGUAUCCACCAUCUGCUGAUUAUGCUAAUACACCACCCUUAGAGGCAGAACAAAGUGAACAAAAUAAGUCAAAUAAUAAUCAUUUUCUAUUUCAGCUUUCUUCAAAAGGACACACAAACACCCCCUAG